AUGGGCACCCUUGACAUUUCCUUUGGGAUUGCGAUGCUCCUACAGAUCAGCAUCGGGGCUUCAGUGAAUGUCUUCCUUCUCCUGUUUUAUAUCUAUGUGGUCUCCAUCAGCCACAAGUUCAGCUCUUCAGACUUGAUCUUUGCCCACCUGGCCUUGGCCAACACCAUCAUCCUUCUCACCAAUGGAAUCCCGGAGACCAUGUCGGCCUGGGGACUGAGGAAUUUCUUAGAUGAUGCCGAAUGUAAAAUCGUCAUGUACCUUUACCGAGUGGCCCGGGGCCUGGCUAUCUGCACCACCUGCCUUCUGAGCGUCUUCCAGGCUGUCACCAUCAGUCCUGGCACCACCCGCUGGGCUGGAGUCAAAUCCAUAUUACCCAAGUGCAUCAUCCCCUCCUGUGUCCUUUUCUGGGUCCUCGGUCUGCUGAUCGACGUUAAUGCGGUGAUAUACGUGACAGGCCCUCGGAACAGCACCAGUGUGCACGUCACGUUUGACCUUAAAUAUUGUGUGGUAACCUCUCUCAGUGCAGAAGCUGCCCUGGCAAACGCAGUUAUGGUCUCCUUCCGAGACCUGUUCUUUGUGGGGAUCAUGGGCGCGGCCAGCGGUUACAUGAUGUUUGUCCUGCACGGACACCACCGGCGGGUCCAGCACCUUCACAGGCCCAGCCACUCCCCCAGGGUGAUGCCCGAGGUCAGAGCGGCCAAGAGGGUCAUUGCCCUGGUGACGCUUUAUGUCAUCCUCUAUGGACGACAGUCAAUCAUGUUGAGUGUUUUACUAAAUAGGAAAGAGAAGUCUCCUCUCUUGGUAAAUAUCCACAUGGUGCUGUCAUUCACCUUCUCCACCCUCAGUCCAUUCCUGGUGAUUCACAGUGACUGGAGGAUGAGGACGUUUUGGAAAAGGGACUCUCCUAUCUCUCAGGUGGAUCCCUUGUAG